AGCGCAAGCACCCGCCAAGCGGAACUGGGCAGAGGGUCUGCAGUAAACACUUCUUAGAGAGUGAUUAUUUGAAAGAAGGAUCAUUUACGGAUGAGGGGCAAUUUGUUUGGCGCACUACCAGUCGUUUGAAACCAGAUGCUGUACCCUCAAUUUUUGACUUCAGCGGAUACAGUGUCGGAGAGACUGACAGACCCACAACAUCUGAGCUCUCAGGCUCUGCCAUUGGGCGCCGAGACCGAGCACAUAAACGCGCUUGCCAGGCAGAGGAAAGAGAGAUGAUGGCACCAUUGGUGGAGGGUCCAAGAAGGCAGGGCAGCGGCAGCAGUGUCGACGGCAGCAGCAGAAAAGUGGAUGCCAGCACCCAGACUGAUCCAGUACUACCGGAACUUAGAAGUCAGGGAACCGUGACUGAGGACAUUUACAACUGGCAAAGUGUCAUUAAUGACCACUCCUACAGCACAUUCCUUGAUGAUUUCAGUCUGGAGAACAUCACAACACCAAGGGCUUCAUCACCACAGGAAAGUACAGCAUCACUCUCUUCGAUGAGUGAGGAGUCAGUCCAUGAAGACAUGCCUUUGGAUGAUUUUGAAUUUUCACUGAGUGAAGAAGAUACAGACACUAGUUUUAUCGAUGAAGAGGAUGAGGAGGUCAGUGUCUCCAGUGACCGAAAGAGCAUUGUUUCGACUGAACAUCUUUUGAAGCUCUUCAAUGUGUGCCACUGGGAGAACUGUGGGAAGUGUUUAGUGCAACCACCUGAGGUUCGCAGAAUUGGUUUCGGAAUGAGAGUUGUUACAGAGUGCAUUGAUGGCCACACUUACAACUGGACUUCCCAGCCCCUUUUGCGAGGUGUCAUGGAAUGCAAUGUCUCCAUCCCUACAGCUGUGUUUGUCACGGGAAAUGAAUGCACUCCAUUCAUGGAGGUCUGCGAGGCUCUUCAGUUGGAUAGCCUCUCAAAGAGGCAGUGGUUUAACAUCCAGAAAGCCUAUGUCAUCCCAGUUGUCAAUGAGACAUGGUGUUUGCAUAAUGAUGCAGUAAUGAGCACAGUGAGCGAGGAGCCCUUGAUGGUAUCAGGAGAUUCACGUUACGACAGCCCAGGUCACAAUGCAUCAUACGGCACAUACUCCCUCAUUGACACCAAGUCUGGUGUAGUCGUGGCCCAGGAGACCGUAAAUGUUGCUGAAGUCAAAAACAGCUACUGGCUUGAGGUGGAGGGCCUACAUCGAUGCCUUACCAAGCUCAUUGAGCAUGGCAUUUCAAUCUCAGUCUUGGCAACAGAUUGCCACCCAUCGGUUCAAAAAGUGAUGCGGGAGGAGUAUGGUGGCAUCAAACACCAGUUUGACUUAUGGCAUAUUGCAAAAAACCUGAAGAAGAGACUGCUGAAGUGCCAGGACGAGCAACUUCUUGAGUGGGCGAGGAUGAUUGCUAAUCACUUAUGGUACUGCGCCAUGACAUGCAACGGAAGUGCCACCAAUCUGAAGGAGAAGUGGAUAUCUGUGCUGCACCACAUCACCAACGUCCACUGCUGGACAUCGGGGGAGACAAUUAGAAGAUGUGACCACCCACCGUACACUGCAGAAGAUGAGAAGAAACGGCCAUGGCUCAACCCCCGCUCAACUGCAUUUGAACGCCUCCAGAGUGUAGUGUUGGACAAACUUCUGCUGAAAAAGCUUGAGCACGUCACAGAGGGCAUUCAUACAGGAAGACUUGAGUGCCUACACUCUGUCUACACAAAGUAUGCAACCAAGCGGAAGAAGUAUUUGAAAGACAGCUUUCAGGCUCGACUCCGUGUGGCAGCACUGGACCAUAACAACAACGUGGUCCGGGAGGAUGCGACUAAAAGUGAUGGAGAAAAGCAAAUGAAGCACUACUUCUCAAAGGCUGCAAAUCGGCAUGUGGUGGCCCCUGUGAAGGUGGUGAAAGACUACAGCUUCCGGAAGGAAAUCGUGGCAGCAGCUCUGAGGAGAUGUGAGGUGGUCUCUAUCCGUCAAGUGCUGAGGGAAUGUCCACAAGGGAGAAUGAUGACCAUUGCUGAACACAGAGGGAUUGAAAAACCAGACAAAGAAGUGUCUGUGUCAACACACCUCAGCAGAUUUCCCAAAAACAUAAAUCCAGAGGUGUAG